AUGGUCGCGAUGGGAGGUGGUCCUGAUAUUCCGUCCCGGCAUGUGGAGAAAGAGAAGAAGCUCGUGCUAUGCGCGCUGCCGUGGCCUCAAGAGAUAUGUGAGCAUGGCAUGAAAGAGCUGAGGGAGGCCUUCGACGACGUGGAAGUAAAGUACUUUCAUGCUAAAUGGGAGGGCGGAAAGUCGGAGGUGGAUAUACCUGAAGAUCUCAUCAAGCGCGCAACUUAUGUGGCAACACUCUCCUGGCUCCCGGAAUCAGUAUCGUCUAUCCCAAACACUAAGCUCAUUCAGUUCUUUUCCGCAGGCACCAACCAUGUUUCUAAUCAUCCCAUCUACACGGACUCAAAGAUUCCGCUAUGUUCCGCAAACGGUGUUCAUGGCCCGCAAAUUGCCGAAUGGGUUAUCAUGAUGAAUCUAGUACACAACCAUAGCUACACCAAGCUUUACGAUAACCAGAAGAAGAAGGUCUGGGACCAGAAGGUGGGAAUGAGUGUUAGUGACCGGGUAGGGAAGAGGGUGGGUGUGUUGGGUUAUGGAAGUAUUGGUCGACAAGUUGCUCAUGUAGCAAAGGCAAUGGGCAUGGACGUCAUAGCCUACACUGCUUCACCACGCACGACUCCAGACUCCAAGCACGACAACGGCUAUAUAGUUCCUGGUACUGGCGACCCUGAUGGCAGUAUUCCCAGCGCAUGGUACAGCGGAACCAGUAAAGAAGACGUGCACGAAUUCUUGAAGCAGGAGAUUGACCUUUUGGUCGUCUCUGUGCCGCUGACGAAAGCCACAACCCAUCUCCUCUCUACCGAGGAAUUCGACCUCCUACACAAGUCCAACCCAACGGGCACCUACGUCGCGAACAUUGCGCGCGGGCCGAUCAUCGACUCGAAGGCUCUCGUUACGGCGUUGGAGAAGGAACUCAUCAGUGGCGCAGCCCUCGAUGUUACUGAUCCUGAACCUCUGCCUGAAGAUGAUCCGCUAUGGGAAGCGCCAAAUGUUCUCAUUACACCGCACUGCAGCGGAGCGUCAGACGCUUAUGCCGACAGAGCGUUCCAGGUGCUUAUCGAGAACAUCAAGCAAGAUCGAAGCAACGGCAAGCUGAUCAACGAGGUGAACCGCAAGAGAGGGUAUUGA